AUGAAUCCCCCGCCUCACCCUGGUCUUGCAUCUUUGCUGACGCUCCAUCUGGGCUCUGAUCGUGAUGCGGCGCCAUCCACACCGCCGCAAGAGCUCGCUUCACCUCUUCCAGAGGAUCUCGAAAAUCUCGACGACAUCUCGGUGGAAAAUGAUCUUGAUACACAUGUAGAUGAAGAGCCGGACAUCCUGGAAUACACGGCUGAGACUCAUCCUUCCCGCAUCGAUGACAUCCGCCUCACCCAAGAGUUCAUCGAUGCUCUCAAACGAGCUUCUCUCGAUGAUGACAAUUUCGAUCCAGCUGAUCUGGAGCGUCUGCGUCAUCCUCCUCAGGAGCCUUUGAACAUCACGGACCCUGAUCUCCGCCUUUCGCUAGACAUCUUCUUGGCUGUCAGCAAUGCUUCGGAACAAACCUACCACGCGGUCCGUGCUGCACUUCUACGAUACAACCCGGAAUGCGGUAUUCUCUCAUACCAUGACAUCAAACGGCAAGUUGCAGAGCUCAGUGGUAUCGUCCCGUUACUACAUCACAUGUGUAUAAAUACCUGCAUCGCGUACACUGGCCCAUUUAGAGACCUCGAGACCUGCCCUAUCUGCCAUGAGCCUCGGUAUGAACAGCUGAAGCCUCACUUGAAGAUUCCGCGUCAAGAAUUCCACACGAUUCCUAUCGGACCGCAGUUACAGGCACUUUGGCGCACAACCGAAGGAGCGACAAGCGCUCGUUAUCGAGCGCGCUGCACCGAACAGAUACUCAAAGAACUUAGCCAUUCUCACGGCGUCAUGGAAGCAUGGGAAGAUAUCUAUCAUGGCAAGGAUUACCUUGAUGCUGUUCAGGACGGAAAAAUAGGGCCAAACGACAUGGUUCUUCUUUUCUCGAUUGACGGUGCUCAGCUCUACGAGAAGAAAGCCUCUGACUGUUGGAUAUACAUCUGGAUUCUUCUUGACCAUUCUCCCGACCUUCGGUAUAAGAAAAAGCAUGUUUUUCCGGGUGGUUUCAUUCCAGGGCCAUCGAAGCCCAAAAAUCUUGACUCUUUCAUCUUUCCAGGCUUUCAUCAUCUUGCAGCUCUCCAGAACGAAGGGCUUUCAAUCUGGGAUGCAGCUCUAAAUCUAAUUAUUCUCUCCUUCCUGUUUUUAAUUUUUGGGACAGCCGAUACCCCUGCUAUGAGUAUUCUGAGUGGAACCGUAGGACACACCGGUGCCCAGGGCUGCCGACUUUACUGUCCAAUGCGCGGCCGACAUAAACCGGGCGCCCCACAGUAUUAUCCUGCACGGUUGAAACCGGAUGAAUACAAUGUGGUAGGAUGUGACCAUGAAGACUACUCGCUCCGGCAGAUUGACCAAAAUUAUCCUUCCUCGGAAGAAACAGAGGAGCGAUACAAAAAAAACCUAGCAUAUGUCUCGGCUUCGCAAAACCAAGCAGAAUACAAGAGACGCCGCCUUGAAACCGGCAUAUGCAAACCUAGUAUCUUUAGCGGCCUGCCUCGUAAUCUCGGUAUUCCGCGCUGCUUUCCUGCAGACCUCAUGCAUCUGGUCUCCUUAAAUCUCACUGAGCUGCUCAUCGGACUCUGGCGUGGCACUCUAGAUGGCCAUGCUACUGACUGGGAAUGGGCAACAUUGAAAGGGGCGACUUGGCAAAAUCAUGGGAAAUCAAUUGCAGCUGCGACUCCGUAUCUUCCUGGAUCAUUUGAUCGACCGCCUCGGAACCCAGCAGAGAAGAUGUCUAGUGGCUAUAAAGCUUGGGAGUUCUUGAUGUACAUCUUUGGCCUCGCUCCUACACUGCUCUAUGGUGUCUUGCCUGACAAGUACUGGAAGAACUUUUGCAAGCUGGUCUAUGGCAUCCGGAUCAUCCAACAGCGUCGCAUCACUGCGGCACAAUUGCGAUCAGCUCAUACUAUGCUAGUUGAAUUUCUAGAGGAAUAUGAGAUCAUUUACUAUCAGCGAAAGGUGUCUCGCAUUCACUUCUGCCGGCAGAGUAUCCAUGCCAUCGGGCAUCUUGUGCGGGAGGUGAUUCGUGUAGGGCCUGCAGCAUAUGUGACACAGUGGCCUAUGGAACGAAUGAUUGGUGAUCUCGGCAGCGAAAUACGACAACAUUCAAACCCCUUUGCUAAUCUCUCGCAACGUGGUGUACGUCGAGCCCAAGUCAAUGCCCUCAAGGCAAUGAUCCCAGAUCUUGACCCGGAUCAGAAUCAUCUACCACGUGGGGCACAGGAUCUUGGAGAUGGCUAUGUUCUUCUUCGGGCAGUGGACACUUGUGCACGAUCUGUUCGUCCUUGUGAAGGGGAUGCCAUUAAGAGAUAUUUCCGGUCUAUUGGAGGGGUGAUACAGGACGACACUCGACAUAUUCAGGUGACACGAUGGGCUCGUCUUCAACUUCCCAAUGGUCAAAUUGGUCGGGCAGCUUGGAAAGAAAAAUUGAAGCCCCUUGAGCAAGUCCGAAUGGCAAGAAAUGUAAAGGUGGAGAUUAAUGGGCAGCUCCAAUUUGGUGAAGUUCAAUUUUACUUCAAAAUUCUAGUCCACAACGAAGAGAGAGGACUCGCAUUACUGUCCCUUUACACUAGACCUGACAACACCCUGCUUCAAAUGUCCUCAAACACGGUCUAUUCCUGCCAAUAUCGAGGAGAUGAGGGCUUGAUUGUUGUGGAAGUCAAGGCCAUAACGGCCAUUGUUGCGAUAAUCCCUCACAAAAUCCGUUUACCAACUGCUCUUGUUGCUAAUGAACCAAUAGAAGAGCAUGCUCUCGAGGAUCGUUAUUUUGUGGUAGAGAAACCAGGCCUUGAUGUUGCCGAGAUGGGCGGAGUGGUUGAAGAAGUUGAGGAAGAUGAUUGA